CAGAGCGUCAGCUCCAGUUGCCAGCCACACAGAAGAAAGAGGUGCACAACCUUAACGAUACUAGAGUUCAGUCAUCUUAAUUUUUUUUUACAAUUAUUGUUGUUUAAAUUGACAUAUCCACUACGCGCCUGGGCCAGUCUACCAGCACACUUUACACCCGCUCUGGCACACUCGCAACCCGAAAUGAGUGGCAGCGGGCGGCCCAGGGCUAGCUCAUUUGCUGAGCCUCCCGGGGUUCCGGGUGCCGCUGCAGCCGCCGUCGGAUCAGCCGUCGCCGGUGGAAGCUCUUCAGGAAAGUCGGGGGGCGUGCAGGCCUCUGGCGGGAGUUCGUCUAGUUUCGGAAACUUAAAGCUGGGCAGGGAUAGUGGGAAGGUGACAACAGUUGUAGCCACACCAGGGCAGGGUCCUGACCGCCCUCAAGAAGUCUCAUACACAGACAUCAAGGUGAUCGGCAAUGGUUCAUUUGGGGUAGUGUACCAAGCUCGACUUAUCGAUAGCCAGGAGAUGGUGGCCAUAAAGAAGGUGCUUCAGGAUAAGAGGUUUAAGAACCGUGAGCUACAAAUAAUGAGGAAGUUGGACCACUGUAAUAUUGUCAGGCUACGCUACUUCUUUUACUCCAGUGGAGAAAAGAAAGACGAAGUGUAUCUAAAUCUGGUGCUUGAUUUUGUACCAGAAACUGUGUACAGGGUGGCACGCCACUUCAACAAGUCCAAGACCACCAUCCCCAUUAUCUAUGUCAAAGUAUAUAUGUAUCAGUUAUUUCGCAGCUUGGCGUAUAUUCAUUCCCAAGGUGUCUGUCACAGAGACAUCAAACCUCAGAAUCUGCUGGUGGAUCCAGACACCGCUGUACUCAAACUGUGUGACUUUGGCAGCGCGAAGCAGUUAGUUCGUGGUGAGCCCAACGUGUCAUACAUCUGUUCUCGGUAUUACCGUGCUCCUGAACUUAUAUUUGGAGCCACAGAUUACACAUCCAACAUCGAUAUCUGGUCAGCCGGCUGUGUGUUAGCUGAGCUGCUGCUGGGGCAGCCCAUAUUCCCUGGUGACAGUGGUGUGGACCAGCUAGUAGAGAUCAUCAAGGUUUUGGGGACUCCCACAAGAGAACAGAUUCGUGAGAUGAACCCCAACUACACAGAGUUUAAAUUCCCACAGAUCAAAGCACACCCUUGGACAAAGGUGUUUAAGCCGAGGACGCCUCCUGAAGCCAUCUCAUUGUGUUCUCGUCUGUUGGAGUACACGCCAGUGACUCGGCUCUCACCGCUGGAGGCUUGUGCACAUGCCUUCUUUGAUGAGCUACGCCAGCCGAAUGCCCGUCUGCCUAAUGGCCGAGAACUUCCCCAACUCUUCAACUUCAGCCCUGUGGAGCUGUCUAUCCAACCACAGUUGAACUCCAUUCUCAUUCCUCCCCAUGCUCGCUCACAGACAUCACCUGCUUCACACGAGGGCAGCAGUUCAGAUGGUCCAGCACAGUCCAGCUCAGCACCGGGACCCCUGAGCAACAACACCUAAAUUUUCCUUGGCAUUACUGCUGUUACCACCCCUCUCUCCUCGUCCCUUCUUUCUCAUUCCUGUCUCCUUCCCAACAACAGCUCCAAACAGUCUCUCUUUUACUCUCUCUCGCUCACACACACACACACACACACACACACACACACACACACACACACACACACACACACACACGUCACCUUGUGUUGUGCAGUCAUGUUCUCCUGUCAUUGUCCAUGUGUGUAAUGCCCAAAUUCAAUCAUCAGAGGAGAUAAUGAGGUUGACUAAAUUCAGUAUGCCACUCAGCUCAUGACUCUUAAAUCUGUUUCUACUGUUAGCAGAUAAUUGUGAUCACAUUCAUUAUCUUUAAGUUUGAAGACUGGGAAUGGCUUGUUAGGGCAUCACUGCCCCCUAGGGGCAGGAAGAGAACUGCGCAGUUUCUGCUUUUUCUGCCUUUGUGUAAACCAUACAUUUAAUGACAUUUUAAACAAUUGAUAUUCAAUAUUGUGCUAGUUUAAUCCUUUAAAUUUGUUUUUGCUCUUAAAAUUAGCAUUUUAGAUUUCUUUAUGCGUUCUUGAACAAAAGCAAGGACUGCAUUUUAUGAAGCAGUGAGUGUUUGUGAAAACAAAGAAAUGAGCAAAGAAUGAGUUGUGUCUUAAUACUUGUGUAUGUCAGCUGGUGUUUUAAGUAAUCAUUGCACACACGGUUUUGUUUUAAUUUUUUUAAGGAGGUAGUUGCUGAAGCUGAGACAGGGUUAUCUGUUUUGUUUUUAGAUUCAAAAUAAAACUUGAUACUCACUUUUACUCAUAUUUUUGUGCAUGUGCACAUUCAGAAAUAGACACACACGUACACUGAGGUGAAUUCCAUCAGUAGUUAUGUUAGCCAUUCUAUUUUGUUACAAUUCUAUAUAAUGGAAUUGUGUAUGUGAGUGUGUUUGUGCACAUUGCUGUGCCGAUGUCUGUAUAAGAGUGUUUGUGGAACAUUCGUAAAUCGAUAAACCCAUACACUUACACGGAGAGAUGGAUAUCAUUCAUCCCACUUACAGGUCUGAAUCAGAAACACUUAGCAAAUGAUACUUUUAAAAAUGGAGCUGUUUGUUUUACCUCUCUUCUAUCCCACCUCCUCUUCCUCUUCUCUCAUUGCUAAUAUGUAAAUGCCAUGCACCUUUUAUUUUGUUAUUUUUUUAUUGUUAUUUGGUUGUCCUUGUAAUUAGGUUUUAUCCCUAGUGUAGUAGUGCUGGUAAGAGCAAAAACCAGCCUUUCUAUGCCUCUCUUUCUCUCUCUCGCUCUCUCUCUCUCUCUUUCUCCUUCCCUUGCUCUAUCCCUUCACCAUACAACUGUAUAUAACAUUUCAUCCAGACUCUCCCUGUGUCUAGGGAGAAAGACAAAACUGAACAAAAUUUUGUUUUUAUCUGAUAUCUCAGUCUCUUUCUCUUACUCUCUCUCCUUACCCCCCUGCCUGCCCUUCCCCUCUCCUCAUCAGUGUUUGUUCUGAUCCUUUUUAUUUAUUGUAUUGCUGUCUGAUUCUUUUUUUUUUUUUUACAAUCUGAUGGGGGGGAGGGGUUUUAUUUGUUGUGUAAUUGGUGUAAUGUUCAUACCUCAAGCUCUGGAAUAUUGUCUGCUAGAAUGUUCUGGAAAGGGUCAGGUUCACACUACCACACACAGGCUGCUCGGCCCAUCAGUGAAAUGAUAACGGUUAAAGGGAGAGAGAGGGAGAGAUAAACUAUGUUUUUAUUUGUUGGUAUAAAUAAUAAACUCAUUAAUAAAGUUACAAAAUCAUCUCUGGGGUAAAUUGUUUAUACUUUGUGGUAGAAUUCUACAUGUCUAUUUAAUGACAUGUUAAUAAACAUUACAUGAGUUUACAAAUACACUUUCAAGAUUCUAAUAUUAAGUGUUGCAUGCUGAGGCAAUAAACAUGAUUACUAUUUUCUAUACUAGGUAUUUAGCUUAAACCCCAAGUAUGUAAAUUUGGCAUGUUGCCAGUCCAACAACGUUUUUGCUCUAGACACGAAUGAUAACUCAUGUCAUGUUGCUUGUUGAGGACAGGUAUGCUAUUACUUUGCCAAGUGAUCAAAUAUAAGUUGGGGCUAGAAUAUACUUUGGGUUGGACUCUGCAUUUUCUCUUAUCGAACCAUCUACUGAAUUCAACUAGGCGUUGAAAGUUACUUUGAGUGUUUUGUCAGGGGGAGACUAAAUGCUUGCUAAAAUACUUUCUGGUCACUUGGGUUUCAGGCAUAUUUUUGACAUGUUUUUGAUACCCCAGUGUGUGGAGUUUAAAAAUUGAAUUGCUUUGUAUUCUUAACACAUUGUUUCAGAGACUGAAACUUCAAUGAAUGUUUGCUGAUUUUCAAUCAACUUUAAAUGUGCAUUUAGACUUAUCACAAUGCACUAAAAAAGAAAAGUCAUUCUGUUGUCUUAUACAUGCACUGAUUAGGUAUUACAGUUUUUAAAAUACUUCAGAUUAAAGGGUUGAGAUGAAAAAACAAGCACAUUGUGUUGAUUUGACCUUAUAAUUGUUAUAUUUUUGUGGUCUUGCUGACUGCAUUAAUUUCUAUUCAUUUUCUGGUUCUACAGUUCCAUCUUUCAUUUAAAAAAGUAAACCCUAAUUGUUUUUUUGCCCAUGUUAAACUCAAAGUUAUCUACUGUUAGUUUUGAUUACAAACCUCUUUAUUUUGUGCUUACAAUUAAAAUAUUUUUAUUUGUUUGUUGCAUAUCUGUCUAAAGUUGAUUUAGCUAUAUGAUGUACAUCGUUCAAACAAUUUGUGGCCACAAUUUCAUUUAAUCUAUUAGACCUUACUUUUUUCAUUAGAUGAAAUGGAAACCUCAGUCCAAAUCCUUUGCCAGAAAUGGUAUUAUUCCAUGGGGUGUUUUUGUUUCACAGGACAUGCAGUCAGAUGUGUGGUCACCUCUCGACUCUGACUGGCGCUUCAAGCAACCUCCUCCCUCUGUAGUCUC